UAUUACAAGAAAAUAAAUAUGUUAAUAAGUACAUUACUUGUUAACUUAUUAACUCAUGUGAAUAAAUAUUAUUUUGGUUCGCUGUUUGAUUAAAGAUGAUCGACCUAUUUAAAUUUUUUUUUUGGUGUUAUAAAAAGAUUAUCCAUUCAUAAUCCUACUUAUCCCAAAUCUAAACCUUAACUAUAUGCAUCAUGUUGUAUCGCUUAAUCAGACCAUCAGAUAAAUAUUCCAGUAAGGACAGAAGAAGAGCAGAAAACAAAAAGGAAAUAAGAAAAAAAAAAAAAAAAAGAAGAAGAAAAUGAAGAAAAGAGCUAACCAUCUUUCUCUCUUUUCUUGCUAAUUGCGCAAACCCAACUCUUCUUUCUUUCCGUUGUUAAAGCCUUUCCUUUAUUUAGUGCUAUAAAUACCACCAUAGGGUAUACUUUCAUUUCAUUCUUCUGGCAAAGGACCAAAAGCUAGAGAGAGAGGUUGGAAAUUAUGAUGAGACCUACAGCUACAAGCAACUCUACAACAGCAGCUGCUGCAGGAUUUUGGCAUUGGAGCUCUCCUAUCCCUUACCUGUUUGGUGGGUUAGCAGUGAUGUUGGCUUUCGUUACUGUGUCUUUGAUAAUUCUUGCAUGCUCUUAUAGGAAGUCUUUGUUCAAUCAUGAGUCGAGAGACGAUGAUCAUGAAGACAAAACAGGUGCUAAGAAAGUGGAAGUAAUGGUGGAUUCUGAUGAGCCAAAGAUUGUUGUUAUUAUGGCUGGUGAUAACAAUCCUACUUUCUUGGCUAAGCCUAAGCUUAAGCCUAAACCUGAGCCUGAGCCUGAGCCAGAGCCUGUGGUUUGCAAUUGCCAGAAGAUUGAACAAGUUUAAGCUCUCUUUUCUUUUUUUUUUUUUUUGCUUCUUUAGAAUUGUUCCUUUUUCUUUUCUUAUUUUAUUGUUUUUGUCAAUUUUGUUUUUUUGGUGUUUUGCGGGGAAUAUGAAUUAUGUAAAAUGAUGAGUAUAAUGAGGAUGGGAUGACAAUUUUUCUGAAAAUAAAGAUAUCUUGUAGAGUACUUUCUUCAAUUUUUCACAUUUAUAGGCAUUACAGAUUUCUUGUUGGCAUUUUCCACUUAACUUCCUAAACUAUGCAAUUUCUGAAAAUAUGAUGUAUCCACGAAGGGAAGCUACCUUUAAUAAUUUCCAGUGUUAAAAGGUUUCACCACGUGAUUGGUGAACCCAUAAUAAAUUGAGAAGCUCCUGAAUUGCAGAAAAUACAAUUCCGAAGUGAGGUUUUUUAGUCUAAAUUGAGCUCCUCAUGUUCAUUAUAUUGGAUAAUGAUAUGAAGCUCAAAUUCUUGUUUUAGGCAUUCUUUCAUAUUCUACUUCCCUGUGAAGGAGCCAUCAGUAUUGUCACCAACGUUUGAGACUGCACAAAACUUCGAUUGGCGGAAGCCGAACUCUAAAGAGAAAGAAGUAUCUGUUGUCACCAUUUUCCAUAUUCGAAUGAGGGUACUGCGAGCCCUCUUCCCCACGCAUCUAACCACCGGUUCCACCGAAUAGAUCAGCACAACGAACUCGUUCACGAGUUCCAUAGUCAUGGCAUCCUACUGCAGGUUCAUAGCCCAAUUGCUAAUUAGUUUUAAAAUUGAGGAAAUUACUCACGCUGAUUUGUUUCCUCUUUAGUUUUUCAUCCGCCUCAUUUUCUACUUUUAUUUUUAUGCUUUUGUAUUUUAAUUUUAAUAUUAUUUAGAUGGUUUUGUUUUCUUUCUUUUGACGAUUACUGAUUUCUUUUG